AUGGCAAGUGUUAUAUUCUUUGCCCAACUGUACAUUAACAAAAUGCUCACUUCAAACAAUCUUAUCGACAAUAAAUGUCCUAUGUGCAGCAUAGAUAUGCAAACAUGGAAUUCAGAACGAAGAAAUCUUCAUAAAAAUACUUGUUGUGAAACAUUUAUCAUGUAUUGUCAUCGGUGUCCUGCAUGUCACAAACAGAUUGCUGGUCGAACAUCUCGAACACAUUUAAAACGGUGUGCCUCCAAGUUAAACAUGGAUUUAUUUAGUCUCAUGUCAUUAUCAUGUCGAGAUCAUCGUUUCAUCAGGCGUGAAAAUGAAGACUUACAUACAGCUUGUGCAUUAUCUUUAUCCAUAGAUGAAGAAAUGAAGCAAAGAAAAUCUGAAGCGAUUCUAGCUACAAAAAUUGAUCCCAUCGAUUUAGAUUCACCGUCUCAUUUACUUUUAUCAAGUGAACAACGUGAAAGAAUAUUAGCUGAAAAGUUGGAAUCCAUUCUUCUUGAGGUUAAACGAAUUAACAAGCUUGAAAAAGAAUAUAGUAAUAACAUUACUAAUAAUAAUAGUAAUUCAAGUGUCCAGUCUAAUCUAUGGAAUUUAGCAUCGACGAAACUUCAUGAUGUUGAUAGUAUUACACAAAUGUACUAUGUCAAUAAAUUGAUCCCACCCUUGAGUCCCACAUUAAAUUCUUUAAAUUCUAAUAUUAUUUCAAUGUCACAAAUACCUGGCCGUGUUUCAAUUCAUAAAAAAAUGAAAUCUGAAUCUAGCGUAACUACCAUGGAUGAAUACAAAGAGGAUCAUUGUGAUUUUUCGAAAAAGGAGUGUGAACAAUUAUCUCCAAGGCAAUCUAUUAAACCUGAAGAUAAAUGCGGUACAUCAGAGUUAACAUCAGUGUCCCCCAAUACCCUUUCCAAGUGUUCAUCAUAUGUGACUGAUAAUCAUUCUAAUCCGUUAUUAUCAAUGAUUGGAAAUAGUUUAUGUUCGGAUUUAUGUUUAAUUUUGGAUGAAGGCGAUAUAAUUCCAGCGCAUAAAUUUAUAUUUGCAGCUUGGAAUUUAAAUAUCAAUUAUUCACAGUGUGAUAUCAUUGAAGUUCGUAAUGUAUCCAAAGAUGAACUUAUUAAUCUUUUGCAAAUAUUAUACAGUGGAGAUCGUUCAAAACUUACAAUUGAAUAUAUUGAUCAUGCAUCAGAAGCAUUACAAAACAUAAUCAGAAAUUGGGGUCUGAAUAAUGUAAAAUCUGAACUUGACAUUGUUAAACCGGAAGAUUAUUCCCUAACACAUUCAAUUGAUUUAUCGACAGAUUACAAAAUGGAAAAUAUUAAUUAUAAUGAUUAUUCCUAUUCUAAUUCUUCUAUUAUCUCAAUACAAACAUCAACAGCUUUAAAUCAGGCAGCACAAAUCAAUAUUGAUAAUCCUAUUCAAUCUUCACUGCAAGUAACUUAUUUUGAUCCUAUUAUAACUACUGAUAAAUCUGAUACAAAUUCUGUAUCUAGCUUUGUUGAUUCCACUAUUCUCUCAGUCGACAGGUUAAAUCAUGAACAACAAUAUCAAAUAGUUACAACUCAAUCAUCAUCAUUAUCACCAUUAAUAUCAGUUAAUACUCCUAUUAUUCAAUCAAAGUUGUAUACUCCUAAUCUAGCUCAAUUUAGUCGUGAUUUAUUUUUAUUCUCUGAUAAUGAUGAUAGCAUCAAUGAGAAUGUUGAUCAUAUUGUUAUGGAAACUAAUCAUCAUUCUAAUCAAGUAGAAACUCUACAAUCUGUUGAUGAUACUAAUCUUAAUGGUACAUUGAAAACGAUUACUAAACUUACAGCAGAACCAGAAACAACGGAUAAUAAUUCACCAAUCCUCCUUUUAAACGACUCCUCUACUAGUACAAAAUUAUCUUCAGUCUCAAAUAAUAAUGGUGUACAAGCUACUACUCCAAAGCAUUUGUAUAAUUCUUGGUUGGAAGAUGAAACAACUCCAUCACCUUUGAUGAAACGUAUACGCUUAUCAAAUAAUGAUGAGAUAAUUUCAAAUCCAUUAUUGCAUGUAACUACUAUUACUACUGACGUUAAAAAUAGUAGUACAGUUAAUACUAUUCCUUCUAACUCUGUUUGUCAUACGAAAAAAUCUAUUCUUACUGAUUCAGUACUUGAUUUUUUAACCACAAAUCCAUUCAAUAAUCACAAUAGCAAUGACGAUGAUUGUAAUAAUAAACCACAGGAAAUCAAUGAGAGUCUGCUCAUUAAACCUACUAACAGAGAAAAUUGUCAAGAAACAUUUGCUUCUGACCAAUUAUUGACACCAGAUAAAAAUUCACCAAAUUCUAUGCCUGGAUCGGUCAACAAUACACCGAUCCCUUUUACCCCGUUACCUAAAUAUGAGGAAAUGAUGACUCCGGAAUUGAAACGUGCUUUAUCUAAAUAUGGUGUGAAACCUCUUCCACGUAAACGUGCUGUACUACUCUUAAAAGAAAUCUAUAAUCAACUUCAUCAGUAUGAAGAAGAUGAACAGAAUGAAUUCAUGCCUGACAAACCAAUUGGAUCAGUGAAGCACAAUAACAAUAGACGACUACAAGAAAACUGUAUAGGUAAAGAAAAGAAAUGUAGUAGUAAAUUAGACAGAUCUAAAAAGAUGCUGUUAAAUGUUCCAACUAAUGUACAUAAUUUAUCAUUAUUACCUAUCAGUUGUAAAAAUGCUACUGAUGAUGAUGGUAGAGGUGAUAGUUUUGUCCAACAAGAAUCUUUGUUAUCAACAAUAAUACCAACUAUAUCAUCUUCAGCUCCCUCUAAUGAAGUUAUUUCGUCUGAUGAACUCUCUCAUUCAAAUAGUCAAGAUUUGGAUAAACUAAGUCAAAAACAAGUCAAUAAGGACAAGGUUAAUAUAAAUCAAACUGUGUUACAUUAUUUGAAGAAUAAUCCCAACUUAUAUAUGAAUAUUUUAACUUAUACGCCAUUAGAAUUCGAUGUUAUACAUAAUAUGCUUAAAUCGGAUGGUAUCAUCAUUGGACAACAAAAACUAAUGGAUCUUUUGGAUGAUCAGUGUAUUACAUUCACAUUACGCAAUCGUGUUAAAAACCACAACAAAAGCAAUGGUUCAUUGUCUAAGAAAUCAAUUAGGUCUAUCAAUAAUAUUGUACAAUAA